AUGGCAUCAUUUAGCCCAUUUGUUACUAUUUUUAAUCAAAACAAACUGACUAGAUCCAACUGUGUUGACUGGAAAAGAAAUUUUGACAUUGUUCUUACUACUGAAGAGCACAAAUAUGUGCUUACUCAACCAUGUCAUAACUUUCCUUCAUUAGAUGCUCCUUUUGAGGAGAAACAACGAUAUAAUCGUUGGCAAAAAUCUAAUGAGAUGGCCAAGUGCUAUAUGCUAGCAUCUAUCUCAAAUGUUCUACAACGUCAAAUGCAGGAUGUAGAACUAGCUUCAGACAUAAUGCUAAGUCUGAAAGAGAUGUUUGGUGAGCAAGGUCAUUUUGCAAAGCAAGAAACUAUGAGGCAAAUUUAUAAUACCAAAAUGACUUAUGGCACUUUAGUGAGGGAUCAUUCUCUUAGGAUGAUCUCUAAUUUGAAUACACUAGAAGUUUUAGGUGCCGAUAUUGAUGGAGAAUCCUAA